CGACUUAUCAAACGCAACAGCUUCCGGUGCGAAGUAAACAUAAGUUUGACAUUGGCGACAUAUAGUAGCGACAAAUUAUGGCAGGUUUGACUUUAAAUACCUUAAAACAAAUAAUGAUAAAAAUGGUGGAUAAUCAGGGCUUCGACAGAGUCUUAAACAAGGUGGACGUUUUGUCUGCCAGCCCCGGUAAGUUGGUGUGUGAGAUGCGGGUGGAAGAGGAACACACUAACCGGGGAGGGACGCUGCACGGCGGGAUGACAGCCACCCUGGUUGAUGUCAUCUCUACCUUGGCUAUCAUGAACAGUGAGAGGGGAGCACCGGGGGUCAGUGUGGACAUGAACAUAACAUACAUGAGUGCUGCCAAGAUGGGAGAAGACGUACUUAUCACUGCACAGGUCCUGAAGCAAGGACGGACACUGGCGUUUGCCACCGUAGACCUCACCAGCAAGGCCACGGGGAAGGUCAUUGCACAAGGAAGACACACCAAACACCUCGGUAGCAGCUAAUCUGUCUCACAUCUGUGCCUGUUUGUAAAUCACAAGUGUGUGUGUGUGUGUGUGUAUAUAUAUACACACUAUCAGAACAAAGGACUGUGUGAAGCUGUAGACAUGCCUCUGUCUGUACACAGUUUGCUAAACCACAGAUUGUUUUUUUUUUUUUCAGAAAUGAAUAUAGGAGGGUGACAACUUCAUAAUGCUACUCACUCCUGGCUACUUAUUAAUCUGUGUUGUUUCAGCUGUUAAUUAUCUGUCAUCAGCAGUUGCCAAACAACUAGUUAUUUCAUGGUCAGAGCCAAUCCUGAUCUAAGUAAUGUAUCAAUGAUUCAUGCACAUGCAAUAAAACAAAUGGACAAAGA